ACCCUCUCUCUCUCUCAGAGUCUCUCUGACUCUAACCUUCUUACCACCUUUGACUCCUCUUUUCUCUCACUGUCCCCGUGGUCCCCCAGACCAAAACCCUCUCUCCCUCUCUCUCUAAAAUAGCUGCCAAAUUUAGCAGAACCUCCAUUAGAUAGCAGAAAUGCAUUGCUCCAAUACAUCAAAUAGAAGAAAAUGGUUUGCCUUUCUAAUCUUCGGAUACCAUAGCCAGGUGGUUCAUUGGCUAGAGAUUAGUGAAGAUGGAAGCAGGACUUGACCCCAGACUUUAUUACCUGGAUUCUGCCUUUUCUCUUACUCCCAGCUGCUCCCUUCCUACAAAACCUCUCUGCUAUCCAACAUCACCAUUCUUUCAACAUAAGAAGUAGAACCAGAGAAGAGCAAAAGAAGACAAAGCUAUUUUCUAUAUAUGAAGACUGUUCUCUCAUUAUCGGGCCUCUUCUGAAACCAUUUCUCCCAAACUACGAUCUUCCUUCCCCCUCCAUCUGCCAAAACUGGAACUAUCCAGUCCUCCACUUGUUUUUCUCAUCAAGCCAGACAUCCCUGUCUAUUUUACCGAGAAAUGAGAUGUCUUGACCUGAAAGUACCUGCGUUUCUUUCUGUGUCUGAAACCUCUCUUAAGACCAAUACAACCUCCACGGCAGUAGAAACCCAACUCUGUUUUAUUAAGCAAGCAGAUGGGUUUCUCUAAAAGAACCAUGCUGGCUGCUUUAUCCUAAAGCUAGCACCCAGCACUGCCAUUUUAGCAAAACCCACUUUUAAUUUAGCAACAGAAGAAUGGGUUGUGUAGCCUCUAAGCUAGAGGGGGAAGAAGAAGUAGUCACCCUCUGUAGAGAAAGGAAACGCCUCCUGAAAUCAGCGGUGGAGCGCCGCUACACCCUCGCCGAUGCGCAUUGCAGAUACCUUCACUCUCUCUACGCCGUUGCAGCGGCGAUAAGGCUUUUUGUUGCUCGUCAUUCCUCUCCACCUUCGCCGUUCCUCAUCACCUUCCCUCCCCCUUGUCCUUCCUCACCCUCUACCGCCACCCAUAACGUAAUCUCCAACCCCAUGUUUCUCCAGCAGGCACCAUCAGAAUCAACAGAAGAAGCCGCUGCCUGUCAGUCAUCGGAUUCUUCCAGUUGUUCAGACUCUUCGGAGACGAGGAGGGAGGAGGAAGCGGGAAGAGAAGAACAAGAAGAAGAACAUGAGGUUUGCCAGUAUUUUUACUCAGAAAUGCCCCCACCACCGUCCCCACAGAGGGAUUUCGGGUGGGACUUCUUUAAUCCGUUCGACGGAGUGAGAGCAGAGGUGAUUGGUGGAUUCAGUCGGAGCUCCGAUGAAGACUUGAAGGUGGUGAGGGAGGAGGAAGGGAUACCAGAGCUGGAAGAAGACGAGGAAAGAGAAAGAGGAGAGCAGAAUGCAGUGAUGGUUGCGGAAGAUGAGAAACAUGAAGAAAGUGGAGCAGAGGUUGUAGAUGUAGUGGGCAGUGCUAAUUUGAACGGUGGAGAGCAGAAGGGGCUCACUGUGAUCGAUACCCCUGAAAGGGGUAGGGAAUUAUUGGAAGCAUUGAAGGAUGUGGAGGACCACUUCAUAAGGGCGUAUGACUCUGGCAAGGAUGUCUCCAGGAUGCUGGAGGCCAAUAGAGUUCAUCUGCAAUCUGGUCUUGAGGAGAUUAAAGAGAACUCCACAAAAAUCAUCCAAGCCAUAACGUGGCACAGGUCUACUUCGUCUCAAUCUUCAUCUUGUAAGAGUUUCCUCGCGUCCAGUUCCAAAGGUUCCUCCACAUGGACAGAAUUUAAGAACGACCUCUUUGAUGAUUAUGGAGGAAUGGAAUCAGGGAGCCAUUCACUGACGCUAGGAAGGUUAUACGCUUGGGAAAAGAAGUUGUACGAAGAAGUUAAGGCUGGAGACAGCACACGGAAACUUUAUGAGCGAAAAUGCUCACAACUGCGGAACCAGGAUGGUAGGGGAGAUGAUGUUCGUUCAUUGGACAAAACCAGAGCUACAGUAAAAGAUUUAUAUACUAGAAUUUUGAUUGCCAUUAAGAGUGCUGAGUCAAUUUCAAACAGAAUUCAGAAAUUAAGAGAUGAAGAACUGCAGCCACAGCUGGUUGAACUGCUACAAGGUUUAAUGAAAACCUGGAAGAUUAUGUUGGAAUCUCAUGAAACCCAGAACCGCAUAAUGUUUGAAGUGAGAUCCUUUACCUGCCCUGCUUAUGGAAAGUUUUGCAAUGAUUCACAUCGUCUUGCUACCCUUCAGCUCGAGGCUGAAAUUCAGAAUUGGCUUGAGUGUUUUUCUGGGUACAUUACUGCACAAAGAGCCUAUGUGGAAGCUCUAGAUGGGUGGCUGUCCAAGUUUAUUGUCCCUGAAGUUGAAUUCUAUUCCAGGGGCAGGUCUUCAAUACCACCAUAUCGAGCUAGUGGACCUCCAUUGCUCGUGAUUUGUCAUAGUUGGUUAAACUCCCUUGAGAAAUUGCCCGAUAAGACAGUAACAUAUGCCCUGAAGAGCUUUAGAAAAGACAUUCGAGCUUUGUGGGUUCAGCAAGGGGAGGAGCAACAACAGAAGAGGAAGGUUGACAACCUUGCUAAAGAACUUGACCGGAGGGUUCUUGGAUUCCAGAAGGUAGAGACCAGGAUUCUCGAGUCCAAGCUUUCAGAACACAAAAUUGAGCCAGACGUUCAGCAACGGAUUGAGUACUUGGCAGAGAGGAGGAACCUAUUAGAUAUGUUUAGGAAGAGACUGGAGAUGGAGAAGUCAAAACACCAUAAUUGCAUGCAGGAAACACAGCGGAUCACGCUAAAUGGGUUUCAGACUGGAUUUUCUUCAGUUUUCGAGACACUUGCAGAAUUCUCCAAGGCAUCCCUAAAGAUGUACGAUGAGCUUGUGACAUUCAGUGAAAAGGCAAAUGGGAAGGGUGGGAACCCAUCCUACAUUGAAGGUUCUUCUCAAGUUGAAGUAAAUGGUAUGUAACGAUGGGAAUCAAGUUGUGAAAUUGUAUAUUAGCUUUUGUCGAAGCAGCUCGCUGAGACAUUUAUUUAUGACAGGCUCUAGGAAGUAGCCCUGUUUUGAUUAUUUUUUGUCAAUAGACUCUGUUCCUGCUCACAGUUUUGUUUUAUUAGAUGUAACAUCUUGAUGUCUAGCA